CACUACAAUUAAUAUGUGAUAGCCUAUUCUCGUGGCAUUAUCAGUAAGUCGACAGCGCGCUGACCAGGAUGUCGUUUUAUUUUGUUCUUUUCCUUUGUUCAUUAAUCACUGUAAAUUGUGAAUAUGUCACGAAGAAAUUAUGUAAAGAGGUCAACCAGUCUCAUUGCAAAAUUAACUAUGUGAGUGUGGAUCCGUGUAGCAAAGGACCAAGAUUUUGUAACAUCAAGACGGACAAAAUAUAUGACAUCGAUGUAAAUUUCACACCAAAAUUCUCUGCAGAAAGGUUACAAUAUGCCAUCUACGGUGAUUUUGAUAACACGUACACUUUUUACAACAUAAUAGACAGCCCGAGGAACGCGUGCGAUGCGAUCGACUGUCCCCUGAGGCGUACGUCGCUUGCGCACACCGCAAACUUCAAACUUAAAUUGGAUAAGAAAGCUUCGGGCAAAUUUCCCGUCAAGGUCAAGUUCUGGAACCAAGAUAACGCUGACCAAGUAUGCUGUUUCACCUUCAACGUUAAAUCGGAUAACUUCAAAGCAAAUGAAAUAUAAACAUAGUAAAGACAUACUAUUGUAGUUAUAGAAUGAAAGAAAUUUUUCAUAUGGGUUUAUCAAAAUUAAUGUAAAAAAGUAAUGUACUGAAAAAUAUCGUAUUUAAUCAUAUUAAAUUUACUUUGAGCAUA